CCCUAUAUCCGCUAAUAAAAUUAAUCCCUCUUUUUUUGUUUAUUAGUUUCUUUAAUUUCUAGCAAUGGCGUUGAGGAAAACCUUGGCGGAGAAGCUUUGCACUAUUUCGAAAAUUUCUUCGCAAGUUCUUACUAACUGCCGGAUUUCCUCACCGGCGGUUCAGAACCGGAUGUCACAAAAACCGGGGAAAGAAACAAGCGUUAUGACGGUGGAUUCAGAAGAUUGUAAGUGUAACAGCAAUGGCAUGUUCAGGCGGUUUCUUCAUAAAGGAGCUAUGGCCUUACCUGCGGUUAGGAAGUUACCGAUUGGGGAUAAUUUAAUGGGAAUGGAUAUGUCUAGGGAUCACAUCCGGCUGGACUGGUUGGUCCCGGUCUUGGAAGCGACACCGGCUCAGGAAGCUAAAAAAUUGUUAAGGGUGGCUCACUUGGAGGUGGUGAAAUCGAAGUUGAGGGAGACCGGGGAAAACUGGAUACCGUAUUCGGACUUUAUUCCGAUUUGCGCAGAAAGUUGUUCGGAUCAAGAACAAGGAUUGCAGUACGCCAAGUUGCUAGAUGAAACAGGAAACGUCAUCGUCUUAGGAAACGUCGUCGUUUUACGAUCCGAACAGGUAGCAAAAGCUCUGGGAGGUUUAAUUCCAUUACCCGGAACAAUCCCGAAUGAUCCCAGAAGAAAAGAGCUGAUGGAGUUUGAGAAGAAGAAAGCAGCCAUCGAUUCGAAAGCCGAAUCGAUGGUCCAACGAGAACUCCGGCUGGGACUGGCUUUCCUGGUGGUUCAAACAGCAGGGUUCAUGAGGCUAACAUUCUGGGAACUCACAUGGGACGUGAUGGAACCCCUUUGUUUCUACCUCACUUCCAUGUAUUUCAUAGCUGCCUAUGCAUUUUUCCUCAGGACAUCAACAGAACCUUCUUUCGAGGGGUUCUUUAAGAGCAGGUUCACCACAAAACAAAACCAGCUCAUCCAGGCUUACAAUUUCGAUAUCCGAAGGUAUAAUCAACUCAAGGCAAUGUUUCCAUCCAAGUCAUAA